CUUUACACCAAAGGCAUUGUCCUUGGCUACAAGAGAGGCUUAAGGAAUCAGCAACCCAACACAUCCCUUGUAAGGAUAGAAGGAGUAAACAGCAAAAAAGAAACAGACUUCUACCUUGGCAAACGUGUUGCAUUUGUGUAUCGUGCCAAGAGAAAGACUGUUGCCAAAGGAGACAAGAAAGCAAGUAAAAUCCGUGUGAUGUGGGGAAAAGUGAUGAGACCUCACGGAAACAGUGGUGUUGUACGAGCUAAAUUCAGGCAUAACCUUCCACCAAAGGCAAUGGGAGCUACUGUCAGAGUGGUA